AUGUAUUCUUGUGACACUCGCUCUCAAUGCACUCAUACAAUUUUAAGUAUACAGAACAUAUCUAUAAUUUAUGGGCAACACAAUCCAGGGUCUUGUAUCUAUCUUUAUCGCAUUGCAAGCGUUGAUAACAUCACCACAUAUUUGGCCCGGCAGAGUAUCGUGAGGAAUUUCGUAAGUAUCUAUCUAUCUAUCUAUCUAUCUAUCUAUCUAUCUAUCUAUCUAUCUAUCUAUUUACCAUCUCUGGAAUAUUUUUGUUCGUAUAUGCUCAUCAUAUUCCUAUCCGUCAUCAUUAGCGUUGAUAACAUCACCACAUAUUUGGCCCGGCAGAGUAUCGUGAGGAAUUUCGUAAGUAUCUAUCUAUCUAUCUAUCUAUCUAUCUAUCUAUCUAUCUAUCUAUCUAUUUACCAUCUCUGGAAUAUUUUUGUUCGUAUAUGCUUAUCAUAUUCCUAUCCGUCAUCAUUAAGACCUCUCUCUCUCUCUCUCUCUCUCUCUCUCUCUCUCUCUCUCUUAUUCUCAUAA